AUGGCGCUCGAUCCGAUGGGCCUGUCGAAGAUGGAUGAGCAGCUCGCGAUUCAGGAGGCGGCGGCGGCGGGCAUCCGCAGCAUGGAGCACCUCGUCUUCCAGCUCUCCGGCACUGCCCGGCACAAGCAAGUGGACUGCAGGGAGAUCGCCGAUUUUACGGUGACCAAGUUCAAGAAGGUCAUCUCCCUGCUGAAUCGGACGGGCCACGCGCGGUUCCGCGGGAGUGCUGCCACCCCCGCUUCAUCUGCUCCCUCCUCCGCUGGCGCCGCCGCCAGGCGGGCGUCGCCGGCCACGCCGUCCUUCUCCGCCCCCGUCACCACGGAUCUGAACUUUGCCCCUGUGUCGCCGCCGGUGAAGCCGGCGCCGGCGUUCCUCGCGCUUGACUUCACGAAGCCCAGCCCGGUGGCGCAGAAGGGCGGCGAGAUGACGGUGGCGAGCCAGUUCUCCAAGGAGACCUUCAGCAUCUCCCCGCCGAUGUCGUCGACGAACUCGUCCUUCUUGUCGUCCAUCACCGGCGACGGCAGCGUCUCGAACGGGAAGCAGGGUUCGUCCAUCCUCCUACCCUCCCCCACCUUGUCCGCCGGAAAGCCCCCUCUCUCCUCGUCCUACAAGAGGAAGUGCCCCGCCCACUCGGACAUCUCCGGCAAACACUCCGGCUCCAGUGGCCGCUGCCAUUGCUCGAAGAAGAGGUAUAGCUAUGACUUCAACGCGCUUCCCUCUGGACAUGGCCGUCGCUCAUUCCCCCGUCUGAAAGAAGUAUGCUUUGCUGCUAAAAACUUGCAGAAAAUCUCGGCUGAAGAAGGUGAUGAAAGUCCCGGCCAUCAGCUCCAAGGUCGCCGACAUUCCGCCGGACGAGUUCUCGUGGAGGAAGUACGGCCAGAAGCCCAUCAAGGGGUCACCCUUCCCAAGGUAAGCGUUCGAUCCACGCCCCUCCUCGAAGAUACAUCGAUGUCUAGGGUUUCCAAAUCCCUGAUCCCCGCCAUCUCUUCUUCUUCCUGUUCGCAGAGGGUACUACAAGUGCAGCACCAUGAGGGGAUGCCCCGCCAGGAAGCACGUCGAGAGGGACCCCAACGACCCCUCGAUGCUCAUCGUCACCUACGAGGGCGAGCACCGCCAUGGGCAGCACGGCGUCCCCGACGGCGGCCAUCUCGCCCUCGCCCAGCCCGUCGGCAACCUCGUGUUCGAGUCCUAG